GAGUCCACUUGAAAUAUUAUAUUUGGCAUAUAAAUUUAUGAAAUAUUUGAUUCUACAGCAUUUUCUUAGUACUAACAGAACAGAAAUAGUUGAAACUAGUUCCGGUAAAGUGAAAGGACUUGUACGCAAAACCGUUUACGAUAAAGAGGAAUAUGUAGCCUUUGAGGGCAUACCAUAUGCCAAGUCACCAUUAGGUGAACUAAAAUUUCGAGCACCACAGCCAAUUAAACGAUGGGAAGGCAUACUUAACUGCACUAAACCAAAAAAUAGAUGUUUACAAAAUGAUCUCUUCCUACGAGUUGUAGCGGGUACCUUAGAUUGUCUCUACGUAAACGUAUAUGUCAAAAAGCUAAAAAGUGAAAAACCGCUACCAGUUAUAGUGUGGAUACAUGGUGGUGGAUAUCAAUAUGGUGAAGCUACACGUAGAGUUUAUGCACCUGACUAUUUUUUGAAUAAAGAUGUGAUAUUUGUAGCUAUCAGUUACAGGUUAGGUGCUUUUGGUUUUCUUAGCUUAAAGGAUCCUGAUUUGAAUGUACCAGGUAAUGCUGGAUUAAAGGACCAAGUACUCGCUUUACGCUGGAUCAAAGAAAAUAUAGCAAACUUCAAUGGUGAUGCAAAUAAUAUAACACUCAUGGGUGAAAGCUCUGGUGCUGCAUCUGCACAGGCUCUUAUGUUAACAGAAAGAACGAAAGGCUUAUUUCACAGAGUAAUAGUACAGUCUGGCAGUAUCUUAUGUCCAUGGGCAUGGACACCAAAAUAUGAUUGGGGCUAUCGUUUAGCUAGCGCCUUAGGCUAUAAGGGUACAAAUAACGAUAAAGAAGUUUUUCAGUACUUAUCAACCGCAAAACCACGAAAAAUUGCAGCACUUAGUGAUAGGCUACUUACAGAAGAGGAAAAUUUAUUGGAACAUAUGUUAUUUUCAUUUACACCAGUAGUAGAACCAUAUAUUACAGCUGAUUGUGUUAUACCAAAACCGUCAAACGAAAUGUUUAAAGAUGCUUGGAGUAAUGAAAUUCCACUUAUUGUUGGUGUUACUUCCACAGAGGGGCUUUUUACAUACCGCCAUACAAUGAAAUAUCCCGAUACAAUAAACAAAUUAAGCGAUUGUGUACGAAUUUUGCCGUAUGAAGUAAGAGUAAAACAAAAUAGUGAAGAGCUAAAGGAAAUGGGCUUAAGACUGAAACAAACAUAUUUUGGCGAUAAACAAAUCAGUUUCAAUGAAGUGUUUACGCCAUUCUUAGAGUUAAUGGGUCAUAAGAACUUUGGACAUGCAAUUCAUCGCACUGUUCUGGCACGUCGCAAAUAUGCUCUUCAAGUGCCUACUUACUUCUAUCGUUUCGAUUUUGAUUCGGUUAACUUUAAUCAUUACAAAAAGUAUACAUGCUAUAGCAGUGUACGUGGGGCAUCACAUGGCGAUGAUUUACCAUACCUAUUUUUCCAUGCUGCAGCUUCAAAGCUCUCUAGAACAUCAUCGGAAUUUAAAACAAUACAACGUAUGAUUGGUUUAUGGACCUCAUUUGCUACAGACUCCGAUCCGAACUGCGAUAAAAUCAAACCUUGCAUUUGGCAGCCAAUUGAAAAUGAUAACAAGCCGCUAAAAUGUUUAAAUAUUAAUGAGAACAUAAGUUUUAUAGACUUCCCUGAGCAAUUCAAAAAUGAAGUUUGGGACACUUUUUACACAAAUGAAUUAUUAUUUUAAGUGAUAUUUUUAUAUUGACUGCCUUUAUU